GUUAGUAAUGUUUGUUUUAAACUAUUUAUUUUAAAAUGUUCAACCGAAACAUCACAUAUCAAUCUUAAAUUAAAUAUUUAGUAACCAAUUGUUUGUUAAAAUAUAAUUUAUUAGAAGAUGUGAUCUUUGUUUAACAGACGGCAGAGGAUGUCAUCCGUAAGAAUGUCUUUAACUCAGCCGUUAAGACAAAAACCACAAGAGGUUGUCUACAAAUAUGUAAAACCUUCGCAACCCAUAUAUCGUCCUCCGUCCGCAAGAAUAGCAUUCAAUCGCACAGAAUCUCCAGAAUCUCAUUCCUCUUCAACCACAUCGACGUCUCACGACAACGAGUCCAACCAAAUGACACAAGCAAUCAGUUUUACUAAUAAAUCAAUUGUUUGCGAGCCAUUAAAAGGUGUCCUCAAGAAAUCAAAAUCCUUUGGCACUAAAGAGACAAACAGUAGCUGUGAAUCAAUCGGCCAUUUGAUGUCAAUUGAGGGCAUUUCGUGGGAAAACAUGACUUUAAUCCGUCGCGCGAUUGAGAAGACCAACUCAAUGACAGCCAACCAAUUGAUGCAAAUCGUGAGGAUUAUCUGCAAUAAAGCUCUGGAGGGGUGCUCUUACUCGCAAUCAUUGGCUAUAAUUUGUUUGACAAUUGAUGAGAAACAGUGGCAAACUGGCAGUCAUUUGUUCAUUGAAUCCCUGAUUAAUUGUCUGCGCGAAUGGUUUAACGAAAGGGACAAACUUAGGCUCACAUCUGGAGGGGCGCGUCGGUGGACGGCUUACGUCACCUUCAUAUGCGACCUCUACGUGCAUCUCAAGACCGGAACAGAGCCACAAAAUACGAGACAAUCAUUUCACGACGAUUUUAAAGACGAAUACGAUUUUCAUACGAAUAGAUCCAAAGACAACACACAAACCAUGCCUUCUUUGGCGACGAAACAAGAAAAACAGUUCUCUCUUCUGCUGUACGACUCCUUUCACGCCAUCCUCUUAAACCCCAAUUCAACGCCCACUGAGAUUGAAUGUCUUCAGACCAGUUUGAGGUCUUGCGGAAAAUUUCUCGAAGAAGACAAUCCGUCGAGAAUGAAGACAUUGAUGAACACAAUUCGAGAUACGUUUCUCUCGUUCAGUCAGUCCUCUCAUCACAUCAAUUGUCAGAAGUUUUAUUUAGAGAUAAUUGAGUUGUGGUCGAGUCGGUGGCACUUCAAUCAAUCGCAACUCAUUUAUUACUUCCCGUACACUAAACCCGACCAUUGAUUUCGAUACGAACCACACUUUGGAUCUAAUUAUACGAACUCUUUUCGAUACGAAAUUAUUUUUUAUUCAUAUCCGAAACGAAAAUUUUUAUCAAUUAAGUCUAAACUUAUACAUGUAUUCUGUAG